UUAGCACAACCAAUGGAUGUCGACUUCAAAGCUAGGACAGCGAGAGAACGAGAAAAAGUAGAAGAUCUGUACGAAUUCGAAGGUUGCAAAGUUGGACGAGGCACGUAUGGGCACGUAUACAAAGCAAGAAAGAAAGGAGAUAAACUCGGUGAGGACUAUGCUCUCAAACAAAUAGAAGGUUCCGGAAUAUCUAUGUCGGCAUGCAGAGAAAUCGCAUUACUUCGGGAAUUGAAUCACAAGAAUGUCAUCAAUCUCCAGCGCGUCUUUUUAUCUCACGCAGACAAGAAAGUCUGGUUGUUACUCGACUAUGCAGAACAUGACCUCUGGCAUAUUAUUAAGUUUCAUCGUCCUAGUAAGUCACAGAAGAAAGCUACUCCAAUACAGCGGACAAUGAUCAAGUCGUUACUGUACCAAAUAUUGGAUGGGAUUAACUACUUGCAUUGCAAUUGGAUCUUGCAUCGUGACUUGAAACCAGCUAACAUUCUUGUAAUGGGUGAUGGGCCAGAACGAGGCUGUGUAAAGAUUGCCGACAUGGGUUUUGCUCGAUUAUUCAAUGCCCCACUGAAACCUCUGGCUGAUCUUGAUCCUGUAGUGGUCACGUUCUGGUACAGAGCACCUGAAUUAUUACUGGGUGCUAGACACUACACAAAAGCCAUAGACAUAUGGGCUAUCGGAUGCAUAUUUGCUGAGCUUCUAACCACCGAGCCAAUUUUCUUUUGUCGGCAAGAAGACAUCAAGACCAAUACUCCUUACCAUCACGAACAACUUGAGAGAAUAUUCCAAGUGAUGGGUUUUCCAAAGGAGAAAGAAUGGGAGGACAUACGAAAGAUGCCCGAAUAUUUACGCCUCAUGGGUCACUUCAAACCUUCGACGUACCAGGGUGCAUCAUUAUGGAGAUACAUGGAAAAAUAUCGAGUGAAGGGAGAGAGCAAAGCUUUUCAGUUGUUACAGAAAUUGCUUCUUGUUGAUCCGCUCAAGCGCAUCACAGCUGAGCAAGCAAUGGGUGACCCCUAUUUCCAAGAGGAUCCUCCACCACAUCCAAAUGCAUUUCAUGGUGUAACAGUCAUGUAUCCUAAGCGUGAAUUUCUCUCUGAUGAGGAUGAAGAGAAAGAUGGUAAGGGCAACCACAAGAAUAGCAAACCAGCCAAUGGUACCAGCGGCCCGCCCAACAAACGAGUGAAGAUUUCGCAGGGGAAGGAUGCAGCCAUGAAACCACAGCAACCUACAGGUGGCGUUAGUUUCAAGGGAUCCACUACUGGUUCACAGUUUCGCUCUGGCGGAGCGUCUGCGUCUUCUCAAGCAGGAGGAUAUGGCCAGUCCAGUUUACCAAAGACUUCCACUGGAUACAGUACAAACUCCAUAAAAGCAAAAACACGAAUGAAGUAGAACAGUUUGUAUAGAUGAUUUAUUUCUGUGAAUAGAAUAGAUGUACGUUUGGUAUGUACACUUCAGAGUUUAGUUAUUAAAUUUAGAAAAGUCUUGCUAUUCCCUCACGGAGGGAAAGAGUGGCUCUAGAAUAAACAAGUUUCUUUCUAUGGCCCA